GUUCGAGAAAUCUUGUGCGGCGUGACCGGAGGAUCGCCACGAGGACAAGUGGAACCCCUGGUCCAGGGCAGAAAGGCGCGGCCGCGCCGCGGGCUUCGUGGCGGAACCGUCAGCUCGUGUUCAUUUCGGCUCCCCGCCUCACCGCACCGCGCUCUUCACCUGCUCCCUUAUCAUGGCGGCGGCGGUGGCGGCGGCUCACCUCCUCUGCCCCGCACCGGCCGCUUCUCCCGCAAAACCCCUGCAGCAGCUCCCUACCCGCGGCCGCCGCACCCACGGGGCCAAACCUUCGAGAUGCUUACCCUGCCGCGCGUCCCUCGGCCCUGAUGGCUCGCUGGCCAUGCUUGGGGCCCCCGGUCCCAGGCCGGCGCCGCCGAUGAGGAGGCCGUACCUCCGGGAGCACUCCUGCCUCAUCUUCCCGCCCCCGCUCGGCCGCCGCCCGGUCGCGGUCGUCAAGUUCCUCGGCGGAGCCUUCAUCGGCGCCGUCCCCGAGGUCACCUACGGCUACCUGCUGGAGCUCCUGGCGCGGGAGGGCUUCCUCGUGGUGUGCGUGCCGUACAACGUCACCUUCAACCACGAGGCCGCCGCGCGGGAGGUCUUCGACAGGUUCCACGCCUGCUACGACGCGCUCCUCGCCUCGGGGCUUCCGGAGGCUGGGCUGAGCGCGCCGGACAUCGCGGAGCUCCCGCUCUACUCUGUUGGCCACAGCAACGGGGCGCUGCUUCAGCUGCUGGUGGGGAGCUACUUUGCAGAGAAGAUACCAAAGGCUAACGCCAUUGUCUCAUUCAACAAUAGGCCGGCUUCAGAGGCUGUUCCUUACUUUGAACAGAUAGGCCCACUCUUAAGUCAACUGAUGCCUAUGAUGGAGGCAUCACCUGUUUAUUCUGUGGCCAGAAAUGCAUCAGGAGAUGCAUGGAAGGCUCUGUUUGAUUUAGCUGGAGGUUUUAUACGUGAGUAUGAUCAAGAAGCUAUGGUUUCUCUGAGCAAAUUUGUUGAUCAGUUACCGUCAGUCAUGAAUCAGGUUACAGAAGGUGUGUCUGAAUUCAAACCAACACCACCUGAAAACCGUGAAUUCUGCAAGAAUUCCUACAGCGUACCCAAUACAUUAUUGGUCAAAUUCAGUGUUGAUGCAAUUGAUGAUACAGACAUUGUUGAAGAUGUCCUGAGACCCCGAGUUGACUCAAUUGGUGGACAAAUAAAGAAAGUUAUACUCUCAGGAACACACCUAACUCCAUGUAUACAGGAUGUGAAAUGGCAAGUUGGUUCAGAAUACACUCCAGCAGAUGCUGUUGCCCAGGGUUUGAAAUCAUUGGCUCUGAAUGAAACAAGGGUUCUCUCAAGAACUAUCGCUGAUUGGCUUAGAUCCCUUUAAAUCAAUACAUCCGUUGAAGUUUGGAAUUCUUCUUAUGAAGGAAUGCUUCAUCAGUUCUCGCUUUGCUAAUGCAGUCGAAUGAGGCUGGCAUUGAUGAGAGAUGAGAGUAUACAUUGUAUGGUACUUAGAAGCAGGGCAUUUGGGCUGUGUGCUGAGUUGGUUAUGCUCGCCCACAAGGCCGUAGCCGUAUAUCUGAUCAAGAUCAAGAUUGGGUGUUGGGGGCCUACUCAGAUUGUAGUUGCAGGUCAUGCAACGCAUCGAACCCAAAGUCCCAGAAACAUGAUCCUGUUGGUGUUGGGGGAGGUACGGUGCCAGCAAGGCCAAGUUGGCCAAAUGCCCCCGCUACACGCAGACAAGCCCAAUGCGGCUUUGUGCAGGCUGGCGGAAGGGCGUCAUAGGUGUAACAGGAAAUGUGUAUAUAUCGCCACAUUGUAUUUUCUGGGCACAUUCUUAAUAAUAAUAGUCUAACCAUAUAGCUCAGGCGAUUGUAUCGCUUGGGGUGUGCUGUA